CUGUGUUAUUGGAGGCGCAUUGUGAUUGGCUGACGGAAUCCGUAGGGAGCAGCGACUCCGGGGGGAUGGCGGGGCUGUGCUGCGCGAGGGCCACUAGAGCCUUACAGCUGGGGUUGGGGGGCCCCAGGCUGCAUGGAUAUGGGGUCCGCUGUCACAGCACCUACGAUGUUGUCAUUGUCGGGGGAGGAAUCGUGGGACUGGCGUCGGCUCGGCAGCUCGUCCUCAGUCAUCCCAACCUCCAGUUUGCCAUUUUGGAAAAAGAGAAGGAGAUUGCUUCCCAUCAAAGUGGCCACAACAGCGGAGUGAUUCACAGUGGAAUAUACUACACUCCAGGGUCUCUGAAAGCCAGGCUGUGUGUGCGAGGGGCCGCCCUUCUCUAUGGAUACUGCGACCUUAAAAGAAUCCCAUACAAGCAGUGUGGCAAGCUGAUAGUAGCGGUACAGCACCAGGAGAUCCCAAGAUUACAAGCCUUGUAUGAGAGAGGGCUGCAGAACAAUGUGCCAGGUCUCCGAAUCAUCAGUGCUAAAGAAAUCAGGGAGAAAGAGCCCUACUGCAAGGGUAUAAUGGCGCUGGACUCUCCAUGCACAGGAAUAGUAGAUUACCGGCAGAUAGCUCAAUCCUACAGCAAUGAUUUCCGUGAUGCCGGAGGAAGCGUCCUUACAGGAUUUGAAGUGUCUGAUAUAAACAUGGUGAAUGAGAGCCCAGCAGGAUCAGAGCAAGGCCUGGAAUAUCCGGUUGUAAUCAGGAACACAAAGGGAGAAGCCGUUUACUGUAAGUACGUGCUGACCUGUGCUGGUCUCUUCUCAGACCGAUUGUCCCAGAUCAGCGGAUGUAGCUCAGAACCUCGCAUCGUUCCUUUCCGGGGAGAUUACUUGGUGCUGAAGCCAGAAAAGUGCUAUCUGGUUAAAGGGAACAUUUACCCAGUUCCAGAUCCACGCUUCCCGUUUCUCGGAGUUCACUUUACGCCACGCAUGGACGGGAAUGUUUGGCUUGGUCCAAAUGCCGUGUUGGCUUUUAAAAGAGAAGGCUACAGACUGUGUGAUUUUAAUGCCAGAGAUUUUGGAGAAGCCGUUACGUACAGUGGCCUUCGUAAACUGGUUCUGAAGAAUCUGGUUUAUGGGAUGGGGGAGAUGUACCGAGCGGUGUUUCUGCGAGCGCAGCUGAAGGAAUUGCAGAAGUUCAUCCCGGAGCUGUCUAUUAAUGACCUCCUCAGGGGACCCUCUGGAGUCCGGGCUCAGGCCCUGGAUAGGGACGGUAACCUAGUAGAUGAUUUUGUCUUUGACGGAGGUAUUGGAGACAUCGGGAGCCGUGUUCUACAUGUGAGGAACGCCCCAUCCCCAGCCGCGACCUCCUCCUUGGCCAUCGCGGAGGUGAUCGCCUCUGAAGUGGAAGAGCGGUUCAGCCUCUGACGGAGCCUCGUCUGUGACUGUGGACCGGCUGUCCCUGAAUGUCCCGCUCCUCGUUCAGAAGCUCGGCCGCCUCUCCUGCUUGGCCCGUGUGAAUCCUCCUGAGCAGAACGAGUCCGAUUUACUGUAUAGAACCAGAAUGGAGGCGUUCGCCCCGGAUGAGGCGCCUCUGCCGACACCUGGACUCGGAUCGUGUCUCCUUCUAUCACCCGGGUCUCUUCAUUCUGCUGUGAAUUUCACCUUUUGCAAUGAAUAAGGUGAAAUCUGAUUAAAAAAAACCCACCCUGGACCUCCCAUUGUAGUCAUUAGUGGGCGUCUCGGCAGGGGCCGCCCCCAGUGAUCAGACAUAAAUGUAUUUGAUGGGAAAUCACCGUUAAUUACAGCUGUAUACUGUUCUUACAACGGCUGUUGAAGGGUCUCCUGGUGCAUUGGGCACUGUGACCGACCAAUAAAGUGAUAACGCCUU